CAGCACGGGCCCCGGCACCGCCCCGGCACCGCCCGAGCCCCGCCAGGCGCAGCCCCCGCCGGCUGCGGGCAGCGGAAGCGGAAGCGCCGCCCCGGCAGCAGGUGUGGCCAUGGCGGACGAGGAGGAGGACGCGCCGUUCGAAGAAGACGCGGAGGAGGCCGGCGGGGGCCUGGACGGCGGGCAAGGCAAGAGGAAGAGGCUGUUCUCCAAAGAACUAAGAUGCAUGAUGUAUGGAUUCGGGGAUGACCAGAACCCUUACACAGAAUCAGUGGAUAUUCUUGAGGACCUGGUGAUAGAGUUUAUCACAGAAAUGACACACAAGGCCAUGUCAAUUGGGCGGCAGGGUCGUGUACAGGUUGAGGACAUUGUCUUUCUAAUACGCAAGGAUCCACGGAAGUUUGCCAGAGUUAAAGACCUCCUAACUAUGAACGAAGAACUGAAACGAGCCAGAAAGGCCUUUGAUGAAGCGAACUAUGGAUCUUGAUUCUGUGCACGAGCUGCACUGGGGCAUUACUUGAGCACCUGCUGCCCAAAAGGAACAUUGUAUGUUGUUUAUUGUUUGGAGGGGUUGUUCAGGAUGGAGGUCACUGCUGGGAUGGCUGCCCUCACUUUGAGUCUUUUCUGAGAAGUCUUCAAGCAGCUGAAUGCUGUUGAUUUUAUGUGGUAUACUUAGGUAAUUUUAUACCAUUUUAUGGAAUGGGAAAAGACCUCUAAGUAAAUUCUUGUAAGAUGUUACAAAACAGUCUGAAGUAAGACUGUGUUGGGUCGGGUAUCUAGAGGGCUACUGGCUAGUGAUUCUCUAUAGCUGUUUUGAGUUACCACUAGGUGUUCCUGUGACAGGAAACCUAGAAAAUGGAUCUUGGUUAAUGGGGCAUAGUUCAGGCUUGAAGACUAUUAUAGAAGUUCUUCUCUUUGUGUAUGUGUUCUUUGAAUAAAACAUUUUAAGUUUG